AUGGUUUCCCCGGAAAACACCAAUUGGCUUUUCGAUUAUGCUUUGAUUGACGAUAUUCCCGUCUCCGAUGGCUCCUUCGCCUUCACGUGGCCACCAUCACAACCUCUCAAUGUCUGUGUUGAUAUGGAUGGUUCUCUGGGAGAUUCUGAUGGUAUCAAAGAUCCUGGUUCAAAGAAGAGAGGUAGAUCAGAUUCGUCUGCUCCUUCCAGCUCUAAGGCAUGUCGAGAGAAGCUGCGGAGGGAUAGGCUGAACGAUAAGUUUGUUGAAUUAGGCUCUAUCUUGGAGCCUGGAAGGCCACCAAAAACAGACAAGGCAGCAAUUCUGACUGAUGCUGUCCGAAUGGUGUCACAGUUACGUGGUGAAGCCCAGAAGUUGAAAGACUCCAAUUCAAGUCUUCAAGAAAAGAUUAAAGAGUUAAAGGUUGAGAAGAAUGAACUCCGUGAUGAGAAGCAGAGGCUUAAGGCUGAGAAAGAGAAGCUGGAGCAGCAGGUGAAAUCAAUUAAUGCCCAACCCAGUUUCUUGACACACCCUCCUGCAAUCCCUGCUGCAUUUGCUCCACAAGGCCAAGCCCAUAGCAACAAGCUAAUGCCUUUCAUGAGUUAUCCAGGAGUUGCCAUGUGGCAAUUCAUGCCACCAGCCUCCGUGGAUACCUCGCAGGAUCAUGUGCUCCGUCCACCAGUUGCCUAA